AUGACAGAUAAACCAGUUGCUGAUUCCGAAGCUUUGGCAUUGCCUAAGCAGGAUGCCUCUGAAACCAAAGAUACCCUAUCUAAAAAACGCAGCCAUGAAGACGAGCCAGAAGCCAAAAGCACUACGGCCGAUUCCAAAGACGAAGAAACUAUUCCGACCAAGCGUCAAAAGAACGAAUCCGAAGAAGGAGAAAAAGAAAAAGAAGAAGACAAAGAUGCAAAGUCUGAAGAGACCAAGACAGAGCCUACCCCAGAGACUGCAGCAUCAUCCAGCGAGCAAACUGAAGACAAGGAAGAGAAAUCGGAGGAAACCUUAAAAGACAACAAAGCAGAUGAACCAGAAAAAGAAGAACCCGUAACAGAGAAAAAAGAAAAGAGCGAGGAAAAAACUGACAAGACUGAGGCUUCUGUGAAGCCUCUUUUGUCUGCCGGUACUACAUUCAAUGGUGGGUUUGGAAGCUUUGCUGGGCCCUCGUUUGGAACCGCGCUACAGCCAACCACCGGGAAGAGCAUAUUUGCUGAGUCGCAGCCCAAGAAUGGCGAAGCCAGCAGUAAAGAAACUAGCGUUUUUUCCACGUCGAGCAUAUUCAAGGGUGGAUUUUCGUCGUUUUCAUCGUUUGCAGCUCCCGCUAGCAAAGCCAACCCAUGGGCAGACACUGACGAGAAGGAUGAAGAAAAAAGCAAAGAUGAAGGCAGCACCAGUACUAGCAUCAGUACUAAUGGCAUUGGAAGCAGCAAAGACGUGGUGGAUCAGUAUGCCCAAGUGUCAGUGCCGUUGGAACAGAAAAAAGUGGAGACAGGCGAAGAAUAUGAAGAAUCCAAGUUUUCCUGCCGUGCCAAACUGUACGCACUAGAUAUCACCAACUCAUCGGAGGGCUGGAAGGAACGGGGCGUGGGACCGCUACAUGUCAAUUCAGUGAAAAAGGAAUUUGAAGAUCAAUUUGAAAACAAGACAAAGGCCCGCGUUGUGAUGCGUGCGGAUGGCAUUCUCAAGGUCAUUUUGAAUGUUCCGCUCAGUAAGAGCACGGAGGUUUUUGCAGGAAUGAAGAGCUCGCUAGCAAGCGAAAAUUUUGUGAGAAUCACAGCUUUUGAAGAAGGCAAACCAUUUCAAUACUCGCUACGAACCAAUAAUGCAGACACUGCGAAAGAACUUUACGAGUCUAUCAAGAAGCUUCUUCCUUCUUAA